UGUUGUCAGCCUUCCGCUCCUGACCUGACGCCAUUGCUGCUUUUACCUGCACGCACUGCCUCACGACCCGCACUUCUCUAAUUAUAGCAGCCAUUGCAUCGUCCUGAGAGCGCUUACGAAAUGCAAAAUCGUUGGCAGCCUACAAACAUUUGGCAAACACCUUCCAGCUCAACACAUCUCUUAGUAAAAGGCAGCCUCCAACACCUUUUCAGUUCCGAAGAGUCGUCUACACUACUAUAUAGCGAUUUAACUGCAGAAUGCGUCUUGUUCAUACUACAACUCUCAAACUCCACGAAUUCCCACCCAAAGGUAUCCCACCUUACGCUAUCCUUUCUCACACAUGGGGCUGCGACGAAGUGACUUUCCAGGACAUGAUGAAUUCUUGCCCCCCUUCUACGAAACUAGGCUAUAACAAAAUUAUCUGUUGCUCUGAGCAAGCGAGAGGGGCUGGACUAGAAUAUGUAUGGAUCGAUACUUGUUGUAUUGACAAGAAGAGCAGCGUCGAGUUGUCCGAAGCGAUCAACUCAAUGUUUCAGUGGUAUCGACAAGCGGCUGUCUGUUACGUUUACCUGAAUGAUAUGCACAUAACAACCCCGGCAUUUGAAGUGUAUUCACAGCUACUGGGAAGUAGGUGGUUUAAAAGGGGAUGGACACUCCAGGAGCUUAUUGCCUCGGAUCUAAGAGUGGUCUUCAGUUCAACGUGGGUUAAGAUCGGGUUAUCGUCAAAAGAACGACUUGAAUUACCCAAAUUUCGCAUAAAAGAGAGCUUUUAUGCUCAAAUCCCCGAUAUUACCCAGCACCUAUGUCAUAUAACAGGAAUUCCUAUCGACAUACUCCAGGGCGAUAGUUUGGAACAAACUAGCAUUGCCCAAAGAAUGUCUUGGGCCGCAUAUAGGGAGACAACCAGAGUAGAGGAUGAGGCUUACUGCCUUCUAGGCAUCUUCGAUGUAAAUAUGCCGUUGCUCUACGGAGAAGGAAGGAGGGCGUUCCUAAGAUUACAAGAGGAGAUCCUGAAAAGUAGUGAUGAUCAGUCGAUUCUUGCACACAUAUCGCCUACUCUAGAAGCUCCGGUUGGAUUGCUAGCACAGUCACCCGCGUUUUUUGCGCUGGCUGGGGAUAUCGGAAAGUCCGAUAGAAGCUGGACAACUUCGGAAGAUGCUGUAGCUCUGACAAAACAAGGGCUGAAGAUUUAUUCAACAAUUUGUCCCCUUUCUAGCGGCUCUGCGUGCCUUGCUAUUCUGGACUGUACAGUUGGUAGAUCAUCAGUCGCGAGGCCUGCAAUCUAUUUAGAGCGCCAGGAAGGUUCCAAAGACUGCUACCAGCGCUAUAGUCACCGAUUCUUACUAAUAUUAUCUCCUCAACGCCCCGGGUUAGGGUGUCACAUGAUAUGGCGACCAACGAUGCUUGAUAUAUCAAUUAAUGCGUUGCUUGAGCAAAUAAACUUCGAUCAGGCAUACAAAAAGACGAUACAUAUUCCAUUUAAGUGUGCGGAUAACACUUUAAUCAGAUUACCAACAGUUCGUGUAGAAGAAAUCGAUAAACGCCUGGUACUUCUUUCUGUGGAACCGAAAAAUAGUUGGGAUCACGAUACUAAAACGGUUCAAUUGUCUUCUGGUGUUAGGACUUCUGAGGGUACCCAGGCUGUAUUUCACAUUCAAGACAAAGGAUCUGGCCUUAAUUUAGAUCUUUUGGUCGGAUUCGACCCUAAAGAAUUUGAUGAGGAAAAAUCUCGUAUUUGGGCUGCAUGGUGUCUCUUGAUUCCAUUAGGAGCUGACAGAAUUUCUCACAGACAGCCAAAAUCUACAAAUACGCUGUCUGAGGCACGAAAGAAUAACAUAUGCAGUGAUAGUCUUAGUCUUAGACAGACGAAGGCACAGCAGAGUGUUGUCGACUUAGGUUGCAGUUUUCAAUAUCUAGUCCAAGCUUCUAUUGAAGCGAUUAAGUUUCUUGGACGUCAAGAGGUUAUUUUGCAGGUGCGGCUAUUAUCAAAACCCAAACCUCAAGAGACUUGUUAAAGGAAGAAAGUCAGGCAAAGGCGAAAUUUAUAUUUAAACGAAAUAUUAAUUGAUUAACAACCAAAGAUAGAGUUCGAUAAUUAAGAUUUCUACGGGCC